AUGGAAUCAACGCCUGAAGUCCGCAUUGCGCUGGAAAGGAGGAUUCGUUCCUUAAGGAAUGAGAUCGAUUCCCAGGCUGCGGACACGGAUGAAGAAUUCAAGGCAUUAACGAUACAGCAAAUGGUACAAGUCCUUGACGAAUGGGAAGCCCGCAAGCUUUCGGAAAUGGACUCUGGCAGGACAAGGAGUAGAUCGCCGAUUCCGAGGCGUACGAAAAGGCAAUUGAAUCGUGUUAGCCGGCAGUUCGCCAAGGAGGCCGCUGCUGCAUUUACAACUUCUGCUUCUGCAAGCGGUAGUGGAGGUUCUGCAAUGGUGCCAGAGCCAGCCACCCCGCCGAGAAGUGCUACUUCUGCAAGCGGUAGUGGAGGUUCUGCUAUGGUGCCAGAGCCAGCCACCCCGCCGAGAAGUGCUUCAGUUCCUGAACCAGCAACGCCACCGUCGUGGAGGCAAAAGCCACCUACACCGCCGAUGAGGCCGAUUCGCGAAGCUCCUUCUGAUGUGUUUGCUACGUUAAGUUCAUCUGCGCACGCCACAUCCACAUUGACAACUGGUCCUCAGUCUACAACAGCGCUGCCGAAGGCUUGUCCUGGGGCGGGGAUGGUCUCGCCACAGGCUGGCAAGGGUGGGCGCUCUUCUAAAGGCCACAGGAAAGGGGCUGCAGACUUCGAUGCUAUGGCGGGCCUGCAGAGACAGCCUCCCACCCUGAUGAAAAGGUUCAUUGGUGGAGAGCUGUGGCUAGGGCCAUUGCCAGUGCAAGGAAAUUUAGCUGCAAUGCCGAGAGCAACGGUGCAAGUUUGCUGCUUGGAAACUCAUCCUGAGCAGAGACAAGGGCUUCAUUUAGACGGCGCUCACUAUGUACAUAUCCCAAUCAGUGACGGCUCUAGACGUGAUCAAACUUGGCAAGAAGCAUGGCCAAUCAUGCUUAGUGCCCUUCGUGAGUCGCAUGUUGUGUAUGUGCAUUGCCUUGCGGGCAGACAUAGGGCGGCCGCUGCAGUCACUCUGAUUCUUGCAUCCCUUGGCAAUCUUGCUCUUGAGGAUGCUGCACGCACGGUCGAAGAUCAGCGGUCUACCGCACAGGUCUGGAGAUUUCUGCAGGAAGGCGGAAAUUUCGAUUUCAUGAUGCGCAUGCGCGAUUGGUCUCACCAGCACCUUCAGUACAAUCCAAGACUUCGGAUGCAGUACACAGGGUCAGUGCCUUUGCUUUGUACCUUCCCACUCAUGAAUGUCCAUGUUCCCUGCACCCACGGCAAGGAGCCAAGAAUGACAAGCAAUAGCAUGGUGGCUGCACUAGUGCGCAAGCAUGUUGAACUUGCUGCAGAAAGAAAUUUGAAGUUCAAGAAUCACUUGCUUAGCACGCAAGAUUUCUUGCAAUUGGUUGACCAGCAUCAAAAUGUAAUUUCCCUUGACCCCCUCACUAGCAAAUGGAUUAGAUGCAGUCGCCGCAAGCGCAGACACCUACCUUGGGAAGAAACUGCCUUAAGCAUUGGUACGGAAACUGCGCUUUGUAGUGUUUCUGAGAGAACUCUUGCCUUUUGGAAAGAGCAAGAUGUCAACACAAUCCGAUCCUUCUUUGCUCCCGCCGCCACGGCUAAGUUGCACUUCAAAUCCAAGAAAGCUUUCUUUGAAAAAUUGCGUGAAAUUCUGGACACUAAUCUUCAUUUUCUUGACUGUUCACCGCAGAAGCUUUGCCACUUUGUUGCCCCUGCUAGGGCGGAGGAUGUCCCCGCUUGCCACUUCUGCGGGGUUUCCAUUAACUUCCUCAAGUAUCCUGACAAGAUUCAUAGACGCUGUAAGCGCGUCGUGGCUUGUGAUGCUUCUGUGAUUGCAUCUUGGCGCACCGCGCUCACUGAGCUGGUGAAUGACUUGACUGUUGUUCUUGACAAAUUCUAG